AUGGACGCUUCCAUCCCCACCGAUGCGCAGGAACUUUUCUUGAUGCUUCUUGGCUUCCAAGGGUGUGGGUCAACACAAGUAAUUCCCUUAUCUGACCAAGUGAAGCCUUCUCAGGGCACAGCGGAUAAUCAUGAAAGCCCUUCUCAGGUUCUCCAGCGGAAGCCUAACACUGAUGGUGACAGAUUUCAACUCUGGCCUGAGAUAGACGGGGGAGAGACACUGGAUAUUGAAGAGAGAACACAAAUAGAAGACUACACCUCUACCGACAAAGGAAAGAAACACUUAGGCUCCGGAUUUGAUCCGAGACAGAAGCUCAAAGAUUCAUGUAAUGCACCUUACAUGACAUGUUGGGUUGUUGAGCCAGACAGAACAGAUGGCUCACCCAUUGUUACUUGGGUUAAGCAAACCUAUGUUGCCGAGGAUUAUGACACACCUGACGCAACUAAUUUAGCCACUGAUCAUCAGGUUGUCCAGUUAAGACUGAUACCUGUUGUCAACACUGAGGGUAGGCCUGAUGACAACCAGAUUCAGGAAGCCAUUCAAAAGAUGAUCCUACCCCCUGAGCCUGAAUUCUUGAACAAAAUUGGUCACUUGGUAAGAACAACCUCACUAUCAGUUGUCACCCCAAAAGAGAGGCUUGCAGUUCAAUCUCUAUUGGGUGAUUCAAUUUCAUUUAAACAGGCAGACAACUGUAUUUUUGAACAAUACAGGGAGCCGUAUCCAAAUGAUUUUAAUAACAUGGCGGGCUGUGACAGGUAUCACACAGUGCGUUACGACUUUGAAUCUGUGGAGAGAUUUGCAAGGGCAGCCUACAAAAGUACCUCACAAACCUCAGGGCCAACAUUGAGUGUUCCAAUUGCUGGCAUGAUUAUAGUUGCCAGUCUCAGACGGGCCACUAGAAGGGUUUGGGCCAAAGCUGUUACAUACGUGAACAGCUUGAAUGAGGCAGUGAGCGAUGCAAGCUUGACAAAGUACGCAUCGGAUGGGAUCAUACCAGAGUUGACGGUGCUAGUGCGCGCAAGCCAGGGCAUACUACCAGAGUUGGAGCACGUUCAGAUGUUAGUGCUUGACACGGAGGGCCGACUGAUAGUGACAAGAGCUACACUUAGGGUCAAUGCUGUACUUUCAAUGGUCACACGUAUCACUAAUACGGGACAUGCGACAUCACGCUGCAAAAAGAUGCUUUUAGCUCUUCCGUCUCUCACGGAAUAA